CUCACCUCAGCGACAGUCGUGCUGUAGACCAGUACGCCGCGUCGUAUUCAAAAGAACCUCUUUCAGUCGGUCGCGCAGGUCGUGGCAAGGCCCGGUUCACCACGCUCUCUCAGCCUACCUUCCUUACCUCCCUUCGUCCCUUUACGCCGCCUUGCGCUUCGAGCUCGCUCCACGCCUGUAUGCGACCUUUUCCUCCUCCUCCUCCACCUCCUCCCGAUCCCUCCUACCUCAACCUCCCCACCAUGUCCCCUGUACCCUCCCCUCAUCUCUGGAAGCGUGGCGGCUCAAGCCCUACCACCACGGCCCUUAUCGUGGCAGCUGCGCUCGUCAUAACCAUCGCAGUGGUCCUCCUCGUCGCAAUCCUGUACUCGUGCCGCUCCGACUGCGCGUCCUCCUCGACCCGGCGAUGGCACAUCGGCCGCCGCUCAGUCGACACCACCCAAACCGCGUCGAUCGCGUCUUGCUCCUCGUGGCACGUAUACCCGGAGCCUGCGACCUCGAUCGGCGGCUGCUCCGGAAUGGUGCUCGACUCUGCGCUCACCCACGCGAUCGGCAUGCCACCAGCCUACAUCCCUUACCGCGGGCCUAUCGAGCCGCCGCCGCUGCCUUACCCCGAGAAGACUGCGUGGCGCGACCGCGACCUGCCACCCGUGCCGCCUGUUCCUGCGCGCCGCCCGCCUCUGAUCAACGAGGACAACCUACUCGGACUCUCCUUUACAUCGGAUGACUGGCGCGCGUCAAUCCCACCGCAAUACGAUGCCGCCAGCAACACCGACUCGUGGCUCCUCGCGUCGCCAGCCGUCACGGAACGCGCUCAAAACGCCCACCGCUCAGUCGCGCGCCUCCUGCCACUUACUGCUUCGACAGACAGCGGCGGCGACACGUGGCCGUGGUCUGGUAGCCCUGCUCACCCGUCUGCGCGCAACACACUCCCUGCCCUCCCUGUGGCGGUAGUGCGCGACGACCACUCACCACGGCGAAACGCAGACCGUAUCUCGGUCCGAAACUACUCGCUCUCGGCUGUUCCGGGCGCGUACCGGGAUGUCCUGCGCUGUCGCGCAUCUGCACCGCCCGUGCCCUGCUCCGAUCAGCAGUCGCCACCCGCUAUCACUCAAGUCGGGACGUCGACAGUGUCCAUGAUCCAGCCAUGUGUUGCCUGAUUGCUCGCUCUCGCAUCACGGCAUACCUUGGCGAUAAUCGGAGAUCGGAAAUGACCGUGUCUGUGUGUCAAGGUUUACUUUCGCUCCGAGUGGCAGCAGGCAGGGUCGGGCAACAGUGGCC